AUGAUCGCCCAUUUUCCGUCCCCCAUCCUCUCCGUCGCCGCCGAUGUCGUCAAGGACCUCGAGGGCGAGGACGCCCUCUGCAGUCUCUGGGCCCUAUUCACAAAGUGCAAAGACUCGCUCAACGACGGCCCCCGCCUGGAAAACAUCUCCUGGAGGUUAUGGUACCGCGAGAUGGCGUCCGCGCAGAGCACCCCCUCGUCUUCCCCCGGCACGCUCUCCCCGUCGUUCUCGGAGAAGAGGAGUCCUUCGCCUAUCACUCCCGUAUCGGAGGACGGCAUUGUUGCUCAGCAAGGUACGCGUUUUCUUCUCCUGCGAUGCUCUCUGCGGUAG